AAACAUGCAUGUCCUUUCUCAUUCGGCAGUAGCAGCCAUCCUUGGGCUGUCAGCAGCCGUGUCUGCUCAAAACUCGAGCUCGUCUGAUCCAUUGCCCAUUGUGGAUCUCGGAUAUGCGCGGCAACAGGCUUCCUUACAANNGGCAACUGGCGGCUACUACAACUUCUCCAACAUCCGUUAUGCCGCUCCUCCAGUCGGUGACCUUCGUUUUGCAGCUCCACAAGCUCCUGCGAUAAACCGAACCCAGGUGCAGACUGGAAAUGUCAACCGCAUAUGCCCUCAGGCCAACCCAGCAUGGGAUGCCAUUGCUGCACAAUGGAUUCCGGAGUAUCUGUUGGCCAACAAAACCAACUUCACCAUGUCAGACUUCACGACCACUUCAAGCAACUCCUCUGCGGCUACCAUGCCAGACCCUAGACAGAGUGAAGAUUGUCUCUUCCUCGACGUCAUGGUUCCCGAAGCCAUUUUCAACUCUAACGAGCAACACCCUGUUCUAGUCUGGAUAUACGGAGGUGGAUAUACAGCAGGUUCAAAAGCUGGUAGCGGAAACCCUGCUGGUCUGCUCGAGCGUUCUCAAGCGGACAAUUCUAGCGGUGUCAUCUAUGUGGCUAUGAACUACAGACUCGGCGCUAUGGGUUGGCUCUCGGGUCCCACUUUCCAGGAGAACGCAACCGCAAACGCCGGUUUAUGGGAUCAGCGCUUCGCUCUCGAAUGGGUACAGCAGAACAUCCAUCUCUUUGGAGGCGACCCGAAGAACGUGACAGUCUUUGGUGAAUCAGCAGGCGGCGGCUCAAUUAUGCAUCAGAUUACUGUAAGCACCAUUCUUGUCGAUCUUGCGGGACUUGGAGCUGACCAUAGAACANNGGCCUUUGGUGGCCUCAAAGGUCCGGCACCCUUCGCAGGUGCAGUACCUCAGUCGCCUGGCUUCUUCCCUGUUGUCUCUCCAUCCACUGAGGAAGGCGUCUUCAAUGACUUCCUUGCUCUGCUGAACGUAUCCUCUCUGGCCGAGGCACGCAAACUGCCUUCAUCUGCCAUCAUUGCUGCAAAUGCAAAACAAGUCGGCUCGGCCCCUUACGGUCAAUUCAUCUAUGGACCCAGUGUAGACGGCGAUUUUGUCCCAGCACUGCCAGGCCAGCUGCUUGCCCGCGGCCAAUUCUACAAGAACGUCUCUGUCAUGACUGGCCACAACGCAGAUGAAGGCCUUCUAUUCACAAACCCCUUCAUCAACAACAACACGGCUCUAAACACCUUCCUGACCACAAGUUUCCCUGCACUCAACUACAUGCCAGACAAGCUAAACUACAUCACUCAAACUCUAUACCCACCGAUCUUUGACGGCAGCCAAGCUCAAAACUACACUAGCCAGAUUGCUCGCGUCGCUGCUAUCCUGUCCGAGGCCAUUUUCACUUGCAAUGCCGUCUGGCUUAACAAGGCUUACAACAAUCAAACUCACGCUUAUCUCUUCGAUGUGCCUCCAUCAAUCCACGGUCAGGAUAUCGCAUACACCUACUACAACGGCAACGGUAGCACGACUGCUGGCGCUGGUGGAACUUCUUUCGGCGUGCAGAAUGUUCCCGUCGCGCUCGCUAUGCAAGAAUACAUUACCGAGUUUGCAAAGACCGGCAAUCCUAACAUUAGGGGCGCGCCUUUCUUCCCCAUGUAUGGAAGCAACGCAACCGUUCAGACUCUGGGACCGAGAACCAUUGGACAGAUGAGAGAUCCUGCUGCCAAUGCGAGAUGCGCUUGGUGGCAGAAGGGUCUGUUCUAU